CCCCACUCCCCUCGCGACCACAGACGGCUCUAGCGCAGCCAACGGUGCUGACCACCAUGUCGAGCGGGCAGGCUGACGAUAGGGAAUAUGAAGAUAUUGAAGUGUUUUUCACCACCUCAGAGUGGAAGGAAUUGACCAUUGAAGAGAAAAAGUCACAUCAGAAAUCAAAGGGCAACUAUGAAGCCAUACGGCGCUGCGGGUGGACCACAAGACCCUCGUUUUUCAUGUGCCGGAAGCUCCCUGCUCCAGAGCGUCCGCAGCCACCUCAGCAGCAGGACGAGGCUUCCGGAGAGGAAGCGGCGUUCCCAUCUCUAGUGAACCAUGCCGAGGAACAUGGACGUCCUCCACGCCCAUCCCCUGACCUGCCCCGCGAGGGCGCCAGACACGUGCCCAGGAUCUCCGAGCCCAGCACCCCUGGUCUCAGCACUCCCUUGCUCAGCACCCCGGAGGUCAGCACCUCCGAUGUCAGCACCUCCGAUGUCGGCACCCCCGAGGUCAGCACCCCCGGGCUCAGCACCCCCGGGCUCAGCACCCCCGGGCUUAGCAUCCCCGGGCUCAGCACCCCCGGGGACAGCACCCCCGGACUCAGCACCCCCGGACUCAGAACCCCCAAGCUCAGCACCCCUGGGCACAGCACCCCCGGGCUUAGCACGCCUGUGCUCAGGAACCCAGCGCUCAGCACCCCCGAGCCCAUGGCUCUCCGCACCGUUCGGCGGGCCGUAAGCCGGAAGACGCCGGAGCCGGAGCUGCAUGUUGGCGCCGUCCACUGCGUCGCCCACGAGCCUAGGACUUCCGCGGCCCCCGCGGCCCCCCCGGCCCCACGCCACCCCAAGCGGGCCAUGAGAAGCAAGAUGCACGAGCCCGAGCCGCAGGAUCACGUCUCUCUUGCCGCCGCCGCCGAGCCGCCGCCUGCCGUUGCUGCUGGGACUCGCGGGGUGCAGCCGCAGGCUGGAGAGGACCGCGGCCAGCAGGACGCUGCCGGGGAGGCUCCCCACCGCUGUGCGACCUGCGGGGCGGCCUUCAGGAGGGCGGCGCUCCUCCGGGCCCACAUGCGGACCCAUGCCGCCGAUAAACUGGACGGCGGCGAACACUGCGGCGACGGUUCAGCGGGAAGUGCUGACCUCCGUACACACGCGAAAACGCACACAGCCGCCGCCGAGCCGUCGCCUGCCGUUGUUGCUGCUGGCGCUCGAGGGGAACAGGCGCAGGACGGAGAGGACCACGGCCAGCAGGACGCUGCCUGGGAGGCGCCCCACCGCUGUGCGACCUGCGGGGCGGCCUUCAGGAGGGCGGCUCUCCUCCGGGCACACAUGCGGACCCAUGCCACCAAGAAAAGCGGGGAACACUGCUUCAGCAGUUCAGCCGCUAGUGCUGACCUCCGUAGACCCGCGGGGACUCACAUAGGUGAUAGACCCUACAGCUGCCAGACUUGCGGGAAACGUUUCUCUAGAAGGGGCCAUCUCCCUGAACAUAUAAGAACGCACACGGGUGAGAAACCCUACAGCUGCCAGACUUGCGGGAAACGUUUCUCUAAAAGGGGCCAUCUCCCUGAACAUAUAAGAACGCACACGGGUGAGAAACCCUACAGCUGCCAGACUUGCGGGAAACGUUUCUCUAAAAGGGGCCAUCUCCCUGAACACAUAAGAACGCACACGGGUGAGAAACCCUUCAGCUGCCAGACUUGCGAGAAACGUUUCUCUAAAAGGGGCACCCUUCGUGAUCACAUUAGGACGCACACAGGUGAGAAACCCUACAAAUGCCAGACUUGCGGCAAAAGAUUCGCACAGAGUUCUUCACUCCGUGUACACAUGAGGAGGGCUCACACAGGUGGACCCAACAAAUGCCAGACUUAAGGUACAGGGUUCAUUUGGUUCAUUGAAAAUAGCAUACUACAUGUAUACAACAUAUUGCUGUACUUGCAGUAAAGAAUUCACUCAAAGUGGCUUUCUUCAUGUGCAUUUGGAUUGUGUUUCUGGAGU